GCCAUCGGACGGCGACGAAGGACCCCUUCGAGGAGUCGGCACAGUUGAAAUGAAAGUGAAGCUUGACUCUGCUGUUGAAAUUGUUUCUGACUAGUUUACAUAUAGCAUAGCUGGCAAUAAUUUUAAUAUUAAAACAUGUUUAUUGCGACUGAAAGCAUUCCAAGUUCCUUUCGAGGCUUCACCCUCAUAAUGCCAGCAAUCUCCGUCGGGAAUGUGGGUCAGCUGGCCACAGACCUGAUCAUCUCGACCCUUGGUAUGCCCCGAGUAGGUUAUAUCUAUACCGACUGCUUGAUUCCUAUGGCUGGAAACAACCCAUAUCCGACAUGUGCGGACGACGCGGCCGAACUGAGCACCAACGCGGAAGUUUACUGUUUACCGGGCGUGAAACUGGCUGUACUUCAGAUACGGGCACCUUUCGUACAGAGAAAGUCCAAAAAGUUCCGGAAACUUAUCGUGUCUUGGAUCAAGUCUACUGGUUUUGACAGAACUGUCGUGUUGUCCAGCAGUCAUGCCUACCAGAGAGAUGAUCAGCAGCUUCUUGGCACACCUUUGCGGUACCUGCUCAGCCCAGUCCUGGAACAGGAGGCUGGAACCCAACUGAAUUCGCUUGAGUGGAAGGCAAUGGAGCGGGUGUCUGCUUUCCCAGGGAUCAGUGACUCAGAAAAGCGCCUUUACAUCCCAGGAGGCGGGAUCACUAAAGGCCUUUACACAGACGGUUGUUCAGAAGGCAUCAAAAUGGCAGUUCUCCUGAUCUUCUGCUCUGAAGGUGACAACAUCCCCGAUGCAUUUGCUCUGGUGAAUUAUCUAAAUGACUGGCUCCAUCUAGUGGACAAACCUAGCCAGAUGUCAACCCAGUGGAGGGUCCCAGGGUCCUGGAAGCUGCUUUUCGGCAGUGGGAUCCCCCCUGCGAUCUUCUGAACUUGCUGGACUGCGUAUCGCGGCACAUGGCUGAGGCUAGGAUGCCGCCCACAGUGUACUAACAGCUAGCCUGGUUUAUGUAGAGCACCUUCACGUACAGCAGCUUUGGCUGUUGUGUCUCUCACCAUGGAGCCCUGUGGUCACCCUGGUUUAAGACAAAGUAGUACUGCUUGCAUGCUGGAAGCGCUUCAAUAAAGUUUGUAGUAAAAUUGCA